AUGGAAUGUUUUCGACAGAUCUUUCGGUGCAUCAAAGCACCAUUCAGGCGUGAAAAGCCGCGAGGGCUUGAAAUUGGACACCCUACCAACUUCCGAAAGGAAGAACUGCCUGCCUGCUUCUCGGAUGCCGAGUCAGUUCUCUCGCCCAGCCAGGCUCAAGCCGAACGCCCAAUUCUGACCAAAGAACUACAGCACAUUGACGUCUCAGGACAGCCACGAAGCAACGAUCGAGAAGACCGAGACGACGAUCGAGACAGUCGCCUGUCAAGUGUCCCCCAAGGGGAAGAUCCAGAGCCACGUUCGACGGAUGAGCAUCAAGCUCAUGCCGCUCGCUUCCGAGACCGCAUAAACCCAUCGCGAUGGUUCAAAACGACCAAGGUUGACGUGCCUUGA